CAAUUAGGAUGCCGAGGGAUGUGCAGCAGAAGACACCUAUUAUUUUGACGAAUACUGGAUUAUUCAGACCUACUAGCACAAACACUACAAUUGAGGAGAAUGGCAAAAUAACACUGCUUUGUACUGGAAGGAACAAUAAAGUGCUUGCUCUAAAUCAAAACAUGGUAACAUUGGUGUGUAGAAAUGGUAAUUUUCGCUAUAUGGGACGGAAACAUGCGUUACAAGAUAUGAAAUGUGAUUCGGUACCGACCACUCAGCUAUGGCAAACAAACACUAUUUGCGCUGCAGGCCAUGGUGUAUUUUAUGAAGUGGGAAUUAACUACAACAACUGGCAUACCAUUUUCAAAAUUUGCUUCAAUCAAGACAAACAGCGCACGAUCUACUCACGUAAUUUGAUUAAUGGCUUUGUCCAAAAUGAUCGAGCUAAGACAGAAUGCCGCCCAUCUUUUUUUAAAAGUGAAGGUGUGGAAGGUAAUCUGAAUGAUUUAUAUAAAAAGUCAACUCAACAAACACGUUUCAAAGCGCUUUUUGGUGCCAACCAAAACUUCAUCGGUGAGACCAGUUUCCUUGCACGCGGUCAUAUCGCACCAGUUGCCGAUUUCAUUUUUUGUUACGAACAGUAUGCCACUUUCUAUUAUGCGAACGUUGCUCCCGAGUGGCAAGUUGUGAAUGCCGGGAAUUGGGUACGCGUGGAAAACGCUGUGCGCAAGAUCGCCUCUUCGAAGCAAUCCGAUUUAUUGGUAUUUACCGGUACUUUAGGCGUAUUAGAACUGCGAAAUCCACUGACUUCUCGGAAUACUAGCAUAUAUUUGGGUGAAAAUCAAAAGAUUGCUGUGCCAAAAUGGUUCUAUAAGGUGGUGAUGCAUCCUACUUUCGCGAUUGAUAUCGUCUUUAUUACGUUGAAUAAUCCAUUUGACGAUGAAAAAGAAGUAUUUUGUAAUAAUAUUUGUAGCCAAAUUUGUAAUGAGCAUAAGUUGGAGUGUUCCGAAUUUACGGAUACUAACAAAGGUUAUACAUUUUGUUGUGAGUUAAAGGAUUUUUGGGCCAAUGCUAUGGGUGUUGGAACUCCUUAUUACGAACUACCAAUUGGCUGGAGUUAUAAGAACUAACUUUUGUUAUAUAAGUGUUUAUUAAUAUUGUAUAUGAUUAUUUCUAUAACUAAAAUAAAUGUUUGAAAUUGUUUCUUGAUUCCUAUUGUA